CUUCUCUCUGCUCCCGCUCUCCUUCCUGGAGUCGUCGUUGGGACUGGCCCAUCGAAUCUCGAAUCAGCUUGAUCGUCGCCUCCAACGACCAGGAACGUGUAUCUGUCCGCCUUUCGCCUGAAGCCCUCGCCCCGGUCGUUUCGCUGCAUCUUACCUCGCAACCUCAACCACCACCACAAAAGCUGCCCUCCUUGCAAUGUCGUCGCCUCCGUCCGCCCCAGCGUCUCCGUUUCCGCCCCGGACCGAGCCGCCAACGCCAACCAGCAUCGUGAAGCGACUCUACUUUUGUCGGCACGGCGAGACCGCCAUGAACGCCGCGGGCGGGCUCCAAGGCCAGGGCUCCAACUACGAGCUGAACGACACUGGGCGAGAACAGGCCCGCUGCAUGGCCCAGGUCUUCAAGGACCUCGAGGUGGACUAUUUUGUCAGCAGCGAUCUGAAGCGUGCCAUUCAAACGGCCGAGGUUUCGCAGAAGCUCUAUCCCAAGGAGAUCCCGCUGACGAUCGAGCCGGCUCUGAAGGAGAUCAGUUGGGGCGUCUGGGAAGGCACACGCACUUCGGAACUGGACGAGCUCGUCAAGAGCUGGGACCAGGGCGACUACAAUGCAAGCGCCCCAGGCGGAGAAUCACCCAUCCAGGUUGAGGCGAGGUGCAUGCCUGCGGUAUACGCCCUGUUGAAGAACAGGCCCGAACAAAAUAUCGUGGUGGUUGUGCACGGACGGCUCCUGCGGAUCCUGCUGUCGUCGCUGAUGUUCCGAAACCUCGACUACAUGAGCACCCUGACCCACCACAACUGCUGCAUCAACGUGGUUGACUGCAUCAUCGAAACCGACCCUAGCCGCAUCUCAAAGUCCGAGGCGGCCGAGCCCGGUCCCCAACUGCCGUUUGCAAACCUGUCUCGUCUCCCGGAUCCGCAUGUCCUCGACUCGCCUCGCGGAAACACAUGCCACGCCUCAGCUCAUCGCCCUUCGCAGCCCACGUUUUCCCAUCCCGUGGGCAUCAAAUGUAUUCCGCGAGUCUUGGACUAUAGAGCUCAUCUGCCGGAACACAUGAAUGGAUACAUCUAGCGGACACCUCCAACAGCAUUGUGUCCCAGGACUUGCUCAGUCGUAGGGCACCAAUAGAAUUGGACUGUGUACAUUGCGACAAUCAGUCUCCGAAUACAGUCAGUCCGAUGACCUAUA